CCCGCCCACUUAAUCGUUCUACCUUAUUAUCUGUUCUGUGAUGAUUAUACAAAUAUACUUUUUCUCACGAGACCGCAACAGAGGGGCGUGACAUCACAUUCCUCCACUCAUGUCAGAAGUUAGACAAUUAAACCGUAAGCACACAUAGAAUGAGAUUAGUUUUAAGAGGGGCUUAACGCUAUAGCGAUGUUAUGACAGAUGAUGCCAUUUUCGCGGGAAAUUUUGGAAAGUAAUUUUUUUUAUAGACUUUAACUUAUUCUAUGACUGAUACUCUAGAUAUAUUCCAUGUUUAUCUAAUAAAAACAAAAAAAUUAAAAAAGUUGUUUACACCCCUUUUACCUAGUUAAACAAAGUUCAGUAUAAGCUGUCAUAAGAAACGGUGAUCGCUAUCGUUUCCCAGAUUGGCCCGUUACCAGUUGAACAUGUCUACGGCGAUGGCGGGUGGGGUGGCGGACGUGGGGGGCGUGGCGGUGAGCGGCGAGUGCGGGGGCGGCUGCAGCAGCAUCUACGUGUUCGUGGCGAUAUUCGCCUGCGUCAUGUUCGUGCACGCCAGCGGGGAGGUGGGCGCCGUGCUCCUUAUCAUACGGUGCACGGACAAACACGACAAGGCGAUGGCGAUGGGCGUGAUCCAGUUCGCGAUCGGCGUGUUCGGCAACGUGCCGUGCCCGAUCAUCUUCGGCGCCGCCAUCGACGCCGCGUGCCGCCUGCGGGACGUCGCAUGCGGGAUCACCGGCGCGUGCGCAUCAUACGACAGCGAUAACCUCCGACACUUCUUCCUAGGUCAGUAUAUUGUUGCCUACUUGGGACUUAUUGUAAGAUACCAGGUACCGGACCAAGAGAGAGGGUAGAGGGUAGGCCCACUGCACUGGACCGCCGGCUCUUGCAGUGGGAGAGCCCGGGUUCAGUCGGCCUCUCGCCCAGGCCGACGGCAUGUUAAGGUCAGUUCCCCUCGGUAUCAAAAAAAAGGUCAGUAUAUUGUACUAGCGUUCCGCCCGUGUGGUCCCUCAUCAU